CUCAGCUAUCUUUGGUGCGGCAGCACAGCACGGUGCGAAAAGGCGCACAAGUAUAGUCAGCCAGCGACCCAGCAGCAAUGUCGGAAAGUGGGAGUCAGGAACCCACCGUGGCUCCAAACGGCAGCGGCAGCCCGGCAAAACGGGCACCCAGACCGCCCGUCGGCAACAAAGUGACCGUGGUGCUGGGGGCUCAAUGGGGCGACGAGGGGAAGGGAAAAGUUGUGGAUCUUCUGGCACAAGACGCGGACAUGGUGUGCAGAUGUCAGGGCGGCAACAACGCAGGACACACAGUGGUGGUCGACUCGGUGGAGUACGACUUUCACCUCCUCCCCAGCGGCAUCAUCAACCCCAAGGUCACCGCCUUCAUUGGCAAUGGUGUAGUGAUCCACCUUCCAGGCCUGUUUGAAGAGGCAGAGAAGAACGAACGGAAAGGAAAAGGUCUAAAAGACUGGGGGAAAAGGUUGAUCAUCUCAGACAGAGCACAUAUUGUGUUUGACUUCCACCAAGCAGUUGAUGGCGUUCAGGAACAGCAGAGACAAGAGCAAGCAGGCAAGAACCUCGGGACAACAAAGAAGGGGAUUGGUCCAGUGUACUCAGCCAAGGCGGCACGUAGUGGUCUCAGGAUAUGUGACCUGUUGGCUGACUUCACCCAGUUCUCUGAAAGGUAUAAAGUAUUGGCCCAGCAGUACAAGGCUAUGUACCCCACUCUGGAGAUUGACAUAGAGGGAGAGCUGGUCAAGUUAAAGGACUACGUGGAGCGGAUCAAGCCCAUGGUGAGAGACGGGGUGCACUACAUGUACGAGGCUCUUCAUGGUCCUCCUAAGAAGAUCCUGGUGGAAGGAGCCAACGCAGCACUACUGGACAUAGACUUUGGGACGUACCCGUUCGUGACAUCGUCUAACUGCACGGUGGGGGGGGUGUGUACGGGUCUCGGCAUGCCGCCUCAGAACGUCGGCGAGGUUUACGGGGUCGUCAAGGCGUACACCACCAGAGUCGGCAUCGGAGCUUUCCCCUCGGAGCAGAGCAACGACGUCGGUGAGCUCCUUCAGACUCGGGGGAAGGAGGUGGGCGUGACCACAGGCAGGAAGAGGAGAUGUGGUUGGCUGGAUCUGGUGCUUAUCAAAUAUGCCCACAUGAUUAAUGGCUUCACCGCUUUAGCUCUCACCAAACUGGACAUACUUGAUGUGUUUGCUGAGAUUAAAGUGGGCGUAGCGUACAAAGUCAACAACCAAACUAUACCUCACUUUCCAGCCAAUCAGGAGGUGCUGCAGCGUGUGGAGGUACAGUAUGAGACGCUGCCGGGCUGGAACAGCGACACCUCGGCUGCGAGAAGCUUCGACGAGCUGCCGGAGAACGCCCAGAAGUAUGUCCGCUACGUUGAGGAGCAUGUGGGAGUGCCUGUCAAGUGGAUCGGAGUGGGCAAGUCUCGGGAGUCCAUGAUCCAACUGUUCUAGACGAAGGGAGGAGAAACACAAUCAAAGAGGAUGCACAGCAGCGAAUCAACUGUACCCUUCUUCCCCUCCCCCACUCACACACACACACACACACACACACACACACACACACACACACACACACACACACACACACACACACACACACACAACCUACCUGUCUCAACUCUCCGACACGAGAGACAUGAUCAUCAUGUCUGUUCUUAAUGCUUUAUCGGUGUAUGAUCAGACUGUAUCAUGUUACAGACCAGACCUCUCUGGAUCAGACUCCCAUCAGACUGACCCCCCUGUAUGAAUGGUUCCCAGCUUCUCCAUCUGGAUUUUUAACAGCUUUGAACUUUAGGACAGUUUGACAGUCAAGUCCCUCAUUCAUUUGUCCCCGUUUAUAUUGUAGCCAUUUACCUGAGACACACAAAACAUUCGGCAACACCAGCUGCCAUCAGGUCUGAGAGAGGACACGAGGGAACGGACUCAGCACACACACACACACACACACCGAUGCAGACACGGGACACCUGCCCGCAGGAACUGUCCACAGACGUUUGGUUGGUCAAACUUUGUUCAAGUGUAUUUUUUGUUAAUCUAUGCUGUGUUUUAAAUGCGCUGUGCCAGUCUGGUGUAAAUCACUUUCAAAGUUUUAACCUCGGCACUUUAGAUGCUUUGGACUAUAUCCGCUUUAUGUUUUAUUCUGCCAGGUUUACAGCACAUCCUGACAUGAUAAAGGGAUCCUUUAAUAUUUGUAAUGUGUCUUUUCGUCUUUGUUUUUCCGCCAUCCAGCAGAUGUUUGGAGUAAAGACUUCUUAUGUUGCCUUGUCAUUCAACCAAAAAAAAUAUUCUUUUAAAUUUCCUGUAGCUAGCGACUGCGUCCACUGAACUUCCUGUUCUGUGAGGCGGUUCGUGCUUUCAGUUUAAUUUUAACAGGUGAGUUUUCCACACAGAGAAUCUGGUAUAAAUUAAGUAGGCCAACAUCUUUCUACUCACAUCCUACUGUUUGUUUAUCUUAUUAUUACCAUGAUUUCUUGCAUUUUAAGUUCAAUGUAUGUGAAGGCAAUGGUAACAACUUUUACACAAAGAAACGUGUAAAUAUGGAUUUAUAAAUACUGUAUAAGACAUGUCGUCAUCUUUCUCCUUGCUCCUUCCAGUCUUCUGCCAUUGCAGGAAAAAAAAAGGCUUAAAAUAAAUUUAGUCUUGGGCUGCAUUUUGCUGUUAGAGAAAAACUGGUACUCCUCACUGUUUCACCAAUGAAAUGACACCAUCCAUACAAGCCAAUCAGAGCUAGCUGGUGGUGUGAUGUCACGGCGGGAAAAAUGGUACUGUGUCUGAUGCUGCAUUCACACAAUGUUGGCAGAAUGGGAAGAACAGGAAAAUCUCUCUUUACGGUGACUCAGGAUUGUUCACGUAUUGUUCCGAGAUGGUUACCCUGACUGUUGGUCUUAUAGUCACAUCAUUUAAAUGGUCUGAAUUAAGCUACGUUAACAGUAUUAGGAAACCACAUACACACAAACUGAGUAGCUCCUUUUAAAUUCACUGACUCUCCUGUAUCAGUGUCAUUAUUGGAUUUUAAUUCGAUGUAACUGCCAGUGAUGGUGAUGCCUUUCCAGCCAUUUUGCCAACAAGUGUUGAUAAUAUCCAACUCGGAAUUACAGCUAGCAGACGGAGGCUGUGUUUUUCCAAAUCAGUUGCUCAUAAUUACAGUCUAAACAAAAUGACAUAAACUUGGCAUUUAAUGCAUUUUGUAUACCGCUGGAUAUGGUUUUUAGAUACCUGGAUUGUUCUGUUGAAGGGGUCCUCUAGUGAUUUAGCAUUGCUCUUCCAUGCAGUUGGGGGAUUAUUUGGAGGCAGAUUUUAUAAUAAUAAUAAUUGGAGUAGCACAGGCCAAUAUAUCCUGACUUUUAGUCCCUAGUAUGGGGUCAAACUCCUCAAAUGCUGGAUCCUUCCGUGCAUAUCCCCAUGCGUCCAAUGCUGCGCAGUGGUGCCUUUGAUUAUGCCAAGUUCACGUCAUAUGGGAUGUAGAGAUGGUAAAGAUUCCCAUGUUUGCGACUGAGCAUUCACAUGAUCUUACAAAUGAAGGAGGUGGUAUAAACUUUAAUUUAUGAUUGCAGAAUUUAUAAAACACUGUAAACUGACAAUAUAGUACCUACAUUAAAUUUGGGUAUAAUUACAUGAGCAGACUGAGUUGGCCGUGUUUGGUUUUAGGCACUUAUAAAGUGCUGAGUUGGAUAUAUAUACAGUAUAUAUACAGCUUUCAGUAAAGUCCCAGUUGUAAUUAACACUUGGAUAUUGAUAUGAACAUUAUUAACAAGCCAGACAUGGAAUUAUUUUAAUAUGACAUGAAUGUGGCAUUAGACCAGACUUUGGCCAUCUCCUCCACAGCCACAGAAGACCAUGAACAGUUCAUAGUCUCCUCAAGACAAGUAAACUGAACUCUGUGUAAAACUUACAGCAUGCUCCUUUAAUGAGCCACUAAUAACAUCUUUUUUAAUUCGAGGUGGGAAACUGGAAACCAACUCCAAAAAAACUGAACAAGGUUUGGUGAAAAAAAAAAAAUAUAUUGUACACAUGCACCUGUCGUACCAAUUUGUCCCAAAAAUAUAAUUUCCACUUAUUGUGGUAAUUUGACGCACCAACAGAUUUUUAAAAUAUUCUAUUUUCACAGGAAUUAUUUACAGAUGCAGUUGAAUGUGUUUCUGUUUUUGUGUCAGAUAUUAGAAACACAACCUGUUUUGCAUUAGGCAAGUAUUUACACAUCACAUAGUUUGGAGUUUUUAUUCCAAAACACAAUUAAGUAUAAACAUGAUGACAUGAACAGAUUUGCAUUCAGUGUGUUAAAGAAGCAGUGAACCGUCAAGUUAAUUGUACUGGGAAGCAUUUAGUCAAAUGAUUGUUUUGGAAUAAUUUUUGGAAAAUAACUUCUCUGUGGAUGAUAUAAAACUGAUCCACCUCUUCUCUGGUGACCCAAGCUCGACCACUCAGUCUGAAACACUUCUCUCAGGACACUGAUCAGAGGGGAUUUCUUUUUUUUUUUUUUAAAUGUACUCUUCCUGCUGCUUUUAGUCUUGAGAUUGUGUGUAACUGCUGAAAACAGCUGUGAACUCAACAAAGCCCUGUGUAGUCUCAACAGCUCUUAAAUUUAAAAUGUUUUCUGAAUUCUGGAAAAGCAGUUUUGCUUUUUGUUGAAGCAAAGCUGCUCCCAUUGAUAAAGUCAUUUUCAUACUUGACUUUCUGAUGGACACACUGUUGCUCAUGUACGUGCGCCCCCUCCUGGUGGCAAAGAGGUCUAAAACAGUGAACCAGAAUGAUUCUCCAUCUGCUUUACUGAACAGUGUAUGUUUGGUAUCUGUCAUUCUUUCCUAACAGCUGCACUGUUGUUUCCUCUUUUGCUGUGUAAUAAUGAUUAUUUAUCCCUUUACAUGCUCACACUGCCAACUUUCUCUGAAUCGCCUUUCUAAACCUGAAAUCUGCAGUGUUCAUUUCUGUCUUGAAUGCUUUUCAUUCUCUUUUCUUUCCCUUUAUUUUAAACUUUUCCUUCCUCCCUGCACCCAUUCAGUUUAAGGGUAGACUCCUAUCUUGACAUCUGGUUAAGACUAAAUGAAUGUUUUUGGCUAUGUACGCACAAUAUACACUCAAAAACAUGCGGGUUUCCCCUUUAUUUACAUUAAAGUCAUUUUUAGGUUGGAAAAAUCACAUUUCCCAAAAAUGUAUUCUGACAUGGUAUUUGGUGUCUGUGGAAACUUUGGGAUGUCCGCUAGAAUUUAAAAUAAAGUUCUGUGGGUUUGAACAA